UGUGUGUGCAGCUCAGUAUCGCCACAGCGCGGGCUUUUCAGUGUCUUGGUGUUCACACACUCAACAGCGAAGAGACCAAACUACAGCGAACCGCAUCAGUCAGCCAAACCCUCCUCUUCCUCCUCCUCUCCUCUCCUCCUUCUCCUCUCCUCCUCUCCUCAGGGUUCUCACACACAGUAUCAGUGUGUGCUCCUGCAGCUGUGUUUAAGUGCAGAGCUGCUGGGAUGGAAACGUGACUCCGGUGGUGUGAAGCUGGGAAAGUUUCUUGCCUUUUUAUCCAGAGUUACUUGGACACACCGGAGCGCAGCUGGACAGAUCGGAGCCACUCAGAGGAUGGAGGAGGCGUCUCCAGUCAAGUUAUCGGUGGCUGAACUGGCUGGGAAGUUCAAAAGUCAUCCACUGCUAAUGCCAAAGAAUGAUGAGAGAAAACCUGUUCGAAAGAGCCCUCCAUGUUCUUUGCAAUUGCAUGACCAGAUGGAUACUGAGAGUGAGAAGGAGAAACCGACUAUUACACCUCAACCUCUCCCCAAGACCAAGCUGAAGAAUUCUCCCCUGAUUGAGAAACUGCAGGCCAAUCCCAUACUGUCAGCCGGUAUACUGCUCACCUCGGCCAAAAGUCCAGAAGGGAAGCCACAGGCUGCACCAUUCUGUCCCAUCAGGCCCAGCAGUCCCACCCUGAGGCCCCCUCAGCAGCACGGUGCCAAUGAGGUGCCCAUCAGCUUUGAACAACCAGCUGAGGGCACCACACUGCCCAACUUCAACAAGAGUCGAGUCCGGCUGUCUUUCAAGCGGCGGCCACCCACUCGCCAGCACAGGAAGUCAGCAGGUGAAGAGGGGGUUCCAGACACACCUGAGGAAAACAAGUCUCCUUGUGAUCUGCACAGUCCUGAUAACACUCCUGACAAGAAUGGCAAUACUAAGGAUGCACUGAAAGUUCCUCAGGAGGAGACACACGAGAACCAGGAAGACUCCACUCCUCCCAUUACUGUAAAAGACACAAAGCAGCAGGAAGAACAUGAUGAUGAUGAGACCAAGGACAGUGAGGGGACUGAAGACACUGAAGAGGAGAACAAGGAAGAGGCAAGAGAUGAAAAGGGCUCAGGAAAUCCUGAGGCUUCAGAAGCUGUGGACAACCAAGAAGAAGAAAAGGCACUUGAGGAACAUAGCACAGAGGACAUGGAAGGAUCAAACAAAGAAGAAGAAACUUCAGGAGAGUCUACUGAAGAGAACAUGGAUGCAGAGGAUCAAGAUCAGGAUCAAGCUUCUGGAGACUGAAAUGGACAAACAUAACUGUGAAAGGUGGAGAGUGCAAUGGAGGACAUCUACCAGAGGAAGAACACCGGCCAAAUGCAGAGACUUGUAAUUUUAUAACGUUGGACCUGGAUUUAUGCUCUGAUUUAUGCUCUAAGCCUUCGUCUUAAAAUCAGCAGUGUAGCCACUACCACAGCUGUUAACAAGCCUUGCAUGGUUAACCAUCUAACAGUGGCCUAGGAAUAUUGCAGUAUUUUCAGAGUAUGAGCAGAAAACAAAGCGUGUAUUAAAUUGGGGAGGAUAUAAACCUUUCCUGAUCUUUUCUUCUUCUCUUUCUGGAUCAUGACACCAGUGUACACUUCAGAACCUCUCUCUGUCUAUGAAAUUGUGUAGCUUACAAAUGUAGUCUUUAAACUGUCAAUAGAAUACAAUGGCAUCAGAGUGGUGCAGAUACUGUUAAGGAGAAUGAUGUUACUAGCAGCUCUUACUAAACCUCAAUUGCUAUGCAAAGUAUAUAAUGUGACAGAGCAAUAUUUUAACCUCUUUAUGAGACUAAGCACCAUUACCUAUGCAAACAAUCCUUCAGGAAUACUUUUUUUAAUUUUUAUUUUAACAUUGUUCCUUCUGAUGAAAAUCUGCUAUAUAAGACUGACUGUAGAGCUUAAAGCUUUAAAGCUUUUUUUUGGAUUUGGUUUUAUAUACCUUGAGUUAUUAUUUCAUGUUAUUAUUGAUGACGCAAUGGUGGCACAGUGGUUCGAUAGUACCAAAAAGCUUCCAUCUAGCAGCCUAAAGGGUUUCUCUUUCAGAAAAGGUUCAAGGUGAACCCCAUUCUAAGGUUAAUAUUAUUAUAUGUAAGGAAUAACAGACGGCAGACCAUGCUGUCAUACAAAAAUAAUGCACACCUACUAACCUGUGACAUUUGAGAAUUCAACAGCACUGUGGUAUAAAUUAAAUGAACAAAUCCUUUACUUCUGAAACUGUUAUUGCCACAAGGUGUUGAGUUUGAGUCCCAGAACAACCAGAAAUCCAGCUCCAUGAUAGGAUUGGAUUUUACUUCACUUGUAAGUUGCUUGGGAGACAAUUGUCUGCCAGAUGAAUACAUGUAAAUGGGUUAGUACAUGUAAAUUAUUAGGCUGCCAUGCUGCUCUUUAAAAUGUGGGGUUAAUGAAUGCAAUGAGGAACUGCUUCUUUAAAACUGUAGCACUCUGCAGUGUCCUCAAGGGGGCAGUCUAGCAAGGACUCAUGCAUACUUAACAUGCUUGCCAUUUAAUGGAAGACAAUUUAAAGUGACUGUAGAUAUGCUUGUAAUUAAUUGAUAUAACUCCAUACCCAACACAAUUAAACAUACUUUUUGUCCAAAUGUGAUCAACUUGCAAAAGAAUAAUAAUAAAAUAUGGUUAUUUAUGAGA